UGGUGCGUGGCGGUGAUGGUGGCGUGGCCGGGCGUGAUGACGGGAUUGAGUGACACGUGUCAGGGGCGGGGGCAGAAGGCGGAGGGCAAGCAGUGGAGCUCGGACCUGAGCAUCAAGGCCGCCAUGCCGCGCUUCUGCGAGGACGUGGCAGCGCAGCGAGGGGCAGCUGGUGCGGCAUGAGCAGCAACGGCAGCUGGUGGGGCGGCGGCAGGUGGAGCACGGACAGUGAGAGCAAGGGCAAGGGGGAGGAGGUGCCGGACCAUCUCAUGCCGUGGCCGGGGGGAGUCAACCUGCUCGCGUGCCUCAGAGAGAUGCUGCUGGGGCAACCCUGCUACCGCCCUCCCACACAUGCUGCCCCCACCCCUGCUGCACGUGCUGCACGCACUGCAGGUGCGCAGCGCUGUGGUCCCUCGCCCGGUGGCAGCCGAGUGUGUGGCUCUCCGCGGUGUGGGCGGGCAGAGGGGGGUGCAGUGAGGCUCAGGAGCUGCGCGGGGUGCAGCAGGGUGGCGUAUUGCAGGCGAGAGUGCCAGAAGGCGCACUGGCCCUCACACAAGCUCACGUGCCCAGGGAGGGCCUCUGGCAAGGCACCAGGCAAGGGCAAAGGCAAUGGGAAAUGAAUGUGGGAGUGUUUAUUAGAGCUUUUGCAGGAUGCCUUAGGGCGUAUUCCUACUGUCCAAGAUCAAGAUCAGCAUUCCUGAUCCUGGUUCCUGAUCCUGCCGUUUUGUAGCCAGUAGAUCAGCAAACGAGGUGCUUGUCGCAAAGUGCUGCCACAUGUGCAGAACACGCGACGCAAUGCGACGUGCAGUUGGUGUUGAAUCGAACUUGCAAAAUGCAACAUGAUUGGUCGCUGUUGGGCUGAGAAAGGCCCUUAGGAUCUUUCCAGAGACUAAGUCCCAGUUGAAGAAUGAGACUUGAAUAGUGCAGCGGAAGUUGAGUAGUUGAACCCUUGUACUAG